AAUGCUCUAAUAUACUGAGCCACCUGACCAGGGCCAUGGCUUAGAUUUUCACUCUUAUUUUUCUGUUGGUUUUGUGGUGUGACCGGUCUUGGGUGAAGCCGGGAAUCGGAUGUGUUGGCAGGAUGAGCUCCUCGGCUCAGGUGGUUGUGGCGGCUGUAUCUCUGAGGAGCUGCUGUCUCACCUGAGGGGCCUGGAUCAGUACCAGCUGGAGAGAUUCAAACUGGGCCUCCAGUCACCGCAGGUGCUGGCCCAGAACUCCCCGAAGAUCCCCUGGGCCAACGUGAAGGCAGCGGAUCCCAGGGAUCUGCUGUGUCUGAUGAAGCAGCACUUCCCGGAAAGGCAGGUGUGGGAAGGGACCCUCCGCAUCUUUGAGGACAUGAAUCUGACUCCACUGUGUGAGGGACUCAGAGCCCAGAUGAAUGAGAUGCCACAGGGACCCCAAGACCCAAGCCAAGAAGAACCAGACAUCCCAGAAGAACCAUCAGGUGCGUUCCACAGAGGAACAUACCGAGAGAGGAUGAAGGCUAAAUUCCUGGCGAUGUGGAAUGCUAUCCCUUGGCCAAAAGACCAUAUCUACCUCCGUAAUGUCACAGAGCAGGAGCACAAAGAACUGAGGUGUCUCCUGUAUCCCAAGAGGAUGGGAGCCCAGCCCCAGACGAUCGUCCUGCAUGGUGUGGCAGGAGUUGGAAAGACCACCCUGGCGAUGAAGGUCAUGAUGCAUUGGGCGGAGGGCUUGCUCUUUCAGCAAACCUUCUUGUAUGUCUUCUAUACCAGCUGCCAUCAAGUCCAAAACAUGGAGGACACCACCUUGGCUGGCCUGCUUUCCCGGGACUGGCCCGACUCUCAGGCCCCCAUCGAACACUUCAUGAGUCAUCCCGAGAGGCUCCUGUUUGUCAUCGAUGGCUUUGAGGACAUGACUGUGUCCUCUGAUGAGGAUGACAGCCAGCCAUGUACAGACUGGUACCAGCAGCUCCCAGCAGCCAGAAUUCUCAUCCACUUGUUGAAGAAGAAAAUAGUUCCUGAGGCUACCUUACUGAUCACGACCAGGGACUGUCCCAGUGAGGACCUUAAAAAAUUGUUAUUGAAUCCAUGGUUUAUACUAAUCCCAGGGUUCACAGAGGAAGACCAGGAGGAGUAUUUCUUCAGGUACUUCAGGGACCGAAACGAAGCCAAGAAAAUCUUGCGGUGGAUUAGAAAGAAUGAAGCUCUAUCUCAUUCCUGCUCUGCCCCCCUCGUGUGCUGGACCGUGUCCUCCUGCCUGAAGUGGCAGAUGGCCAGACGUCCUUCUUUCCAGCUGAGCAUCCAGACAACCACCAGUCUGUACGCCUACUUUUUCUCCAGCUUGUUUGAAUCAGCAGAGGUGGGUUGGUCGAAGCAGAGCUGGUCGGAGCAGUGGAAGGCCCUCUGCUCUCUAGCUGCAGAUGGGAUGUGGUCUUCCAACUUCACGUUUGCCAAAGAGGACAUGGAACAUCGGCACCUGCAACCACCUCUGAUUGAUUGUCUCUUUAGGCUGAACAUUCUUCGAAAGGUCAGUGACUGUGAGGACUGCAUGACCUUCACUCACCAAAGUUUCCAGGUGUUUUUGGGGGCCAUGUUCUAUGUGCUCAGGGGAAAGGAGGGAGCCAUUAGUGGGCUCUCAAAGCAUCAAGAGCUGAGGGUGCUCCUGAACGAUGCCUUUGUGGAUACCAACUCCUACUGGCAUCAGAUGGCUCUUUUUUCCUUUGGUCUCUUAAACAGAGACCUAGCAAGACAAGUAGAAGACACUUUGCACUGUAAGAUGUCUCCCAGGGUUAUGGAUGAAUUCUUAAGAUGGGCAGAAGCGUUAUCCACAUCUGACGUGGUCUCCUGCAGUUUGGAGUUGCUACCGUUUUUUCAGUGCGUGUAUGAGACUCAGGAGGAGACUUUUGUCAAGCAGAUUCUGAGCCACCUCCUUGAAGCUGACCUGGAGAUCGGAGACCUGCAACUCCAGGUUACUUCAUUUUGUCUCAAACACUGUCAAAGGUUAAGUAAGCUGAGGCUUUCUGUUCGCUGCCUCAUCCCUCAAAUGGAGUCGACUUGCGAUUGGGAAACGCCAGGGACAAGGCUAGUCAAUUCCAAGAUACACCAGUGGCAGGAUGUCUGCUCUGUGUUCCACAAUGGGAAUGUGAGAGAGCUGGACCUGAGUAACAGCAAGCUGAAUGCUACAUCUAUGAAGAAACUCUGCUAUGAGCUGAGGAAUCCAAGAUGCAAACUCCAAAAACUGACGUGCAAAUCGAUAACCCCUGUGAGGGUUCUGAAGGAGUUGGUCCUGGUCCUUCAUGGUAACAACUGGCUGACCCACCUAAAUUUGAGUUCUAACAACCUGGGUGUCGCUUUGUCCAUGAUGCUUUUUAGAACCUUGAGGCACUCCGCAUGCAACCUCAAGUACCUGUGGUUGGAAUCGUGUGGCCUCACGUCUGUGGCUUGUCAUGGUCUCUUUCUGGAACUCAGCAAGAACUCCAGUCUGUGUUUCCUCAGCCUGGGUGACAACGAUCUCUCUGAUAUCAAGGUGAAAAACUUUCAGAAGUCCUUUGACGUGUCAAAGUGUGCCCUGAGGGAGCUCUCCCUGGAGAGAUGCAACUUGUCAGCAGCCAGCUCUGAGGAGAUCAGCGUGAUUCUCACCAGCACCCAGAGAACAGUGCGCCUGUGCCUGGGGUUUAAUCAGCUCCAGGACGAUGGUGUUCGGUGGCUGUGUGCCUCCCUGAGUCAGUCUGAUUGUGUCUUAGAGAGACUGGUGCUCUGCUUCUGCCAGCUGGGUGCACCCAGUUGCAGGCACCUGUCAGACGCCCUUCUGCAGAACCGGAGUUUGACUCACCUGACUCUGAAGAAGAACCACCUGGGCGAUGAGGGGGUGAGGCUUCUGUGUGAAGCACUGAGCUGCCCAGACUGCAGACUGCAGAGCCUGAAUCUGUCGCAGUGCUCCUUCACAGUGGGGGGCUGUCAGGAGCUGGCGGGAGCCCUGCAGCACAACCGCCACAUGAAGGUGUUGGACAUCGGGAGGAACUGCGUUCAGGACGAUGGAGUCAAGCGGCUGUGUGAGGUUCUGAAAUGGUCGAGUUGCACCCUGAACACACUUGGGCUGGAGAAAUGCAAUCUGACUUCUGCUUGCUGCCAGCAUCUCUCUUCGGUUCUUGGAAGCAGUAAAAGCCUGGAGAACCUGAACCUCCUAGGAAAUGACUUGGGGCCCGAAGGUGUCAACAUGCUGUGGAAGUCCUUGCAAAAAUCAACGUGCAAACUACAGAAACUCGGGUAA